AUGUCGUCAUCUCUACGGUCCCUUUUCCAGAAAGCUUUAGUAGUUUUGUUUACUGUAACAUUCGUUUUGUUUUACGUUGUGCACGAAAAGCAGCUAAAUCGACACAGCCAUGACGAAACGACAACACCAGCUCAAAUUACCCACAUUGAUCGUGUUAUCAGGUGCAUUACUGGUCUAAUUCACCACGUUACUUACUAGAUCAUUGAGAGCGCUUCGAAAAGAGAGUUUGGUUUUUUUUUUUUGUCAGAAAUCUACUUAUUUUCCGAUUAAUUGCUUUAAUUAGAGUGCGUGUGAAAUUUCCUUUGAAGAUUGCAGAGGGAAUACCUAGCGGAAGAAACCGACGCGGAAGCCAUUUCAUAUUUCUUUAUCUAUGAAAUAGUUUCUUUGAAUCUCAAUAAGAAUUUUAAUUUUUGUAUUACUCCGUCCUUGACAGGUCCGAGAUCAUCACUGCCAAUGCAAACUCAGUAUUGAACGACCGCACUUCAGCCCGCUCAGCUCUAUUUAAAUGCUCUCCAGAAAAUCACAUCCUUUUUCUCAAGACUCACAAAACUGGAUCAAGCACCAUAGCAAACAUCAUGUUUCGUUACGGCGAUUUUAGAAAUCUCAGUUUUGUUCUCCCAUCGUUUACAAUGUUGGGAUGGCCACAUAGAUUUCAUUUCUUCUUCGUCCAUCACCUCAUCAGCGAAACUCCGAAUAUUUUAUGUAGCCACGCAAGAUUUAACAAGAGGCCCAUGAAUCGUCUUUUCCCCAAGGAAUCUAGCAAGUAUAUCACAAUUUUACGGAAUCCUGUCGACAACUUCGAGUCUGUUUUCAACUACAUGGAGCUUGGAAAGCGCAUUGGUUUAGGCAACAAUCCAGAUUCACUACAGCUCUUCCUUGAACGCAGUGGUAUUCCCUUCACGAUGAUGCGUAAAAUUAAUUACGAAUGGCUUUUAAUCAGAAACCCUCUACUUCACGACUUGGGUUUGAGCUUUAAGUUCUAUCAAAACCUCACCGCUGUAAACGAGUAUAUUCAGUUCCUGGACAAGGAGUUUGAUUUGGUAAUGAUUAUGGACUAUUUUGAUGAAUCUUUAGUAUUGAUGAAACGGCUUCUCUGCUGGAAUAUGGACGAUAUAUUGUACUUGAAGUUAAACGAUCGCCAAGAAGAGGAAAAAUAUGUAGCACUAAACAGCGACAUUCGGGAAAAUAUAAAACGGUGGAACAAAGCGGAUGUGUUGUUAUUUGAUCACUUUAACAAGUCAUUCUGGAAAAGAAUCGAAAACGAAGGUGACACAUUUGAAGAAGAGCUUGCCACCUUCCGACAGAGGGCAACGAAAAUCAAGCAAUCCUGUGUGACGAACGAAACAGGCUUGCAGUUCCUUUAUGCCGGAAAGUAUGUAAAAGGGUAUAACCUUAAUCAUGAUUUACCGGAAGAAUUACGACGUCUAUGCGAAAAGAUGACAAUGAGCGAAAAUACGUAUCUUAAAUACUUGAGAGGAAAACAGAAGAAAAAGAUGAGAUUAAUUGAGAUGGGACCACAAAAUUAUACCGAAUUAGGCAGGGAAAUGAAGGAGGACGAGGAGACCUGGGACUCGGCAAGUGACCUCGUUUAUGAACCAGUUUAA